AUGGACGCUCUAAUGAAUGCUAUGACCACCCUUACAACCGAAGUAAAGAAAGAAUUUGAAGUGAGGGAUAAAUCUCACAAAGCGUUGGAGAAGCAAGUGGGCCAACUCGCGGAGGAGAUGGCUCAAAUGAGAGGAAGCACGGGAAAGCUCCCAAGUGACACUGCGGUGAACCCUAAGCAUCAAGGGUCACAGGUGGAGGUGGAAAGGAGCAUAGAUGAGGAAGUGAAGAGUUUGGAGGUGCUUGCGGUUAGAGAGGGAAAACCGACAUGGACACACCAAGUUGAGAGUUUACCGGAGAGCAUAGAUACUAAAUUGAAGCCGUCAUUAGUAGAGCCUCCGGAGGUCGAGUUGAAGGCAUUGCCGAAGCAUCUCAAGAAAUUUGCCAACAUGCCUCCAAGAGUAAGAGGACGAGGCAAGGGUCCCAUGCGUGGAGGAACGUUAUCAGCUGGACCAUCACACAGACGCACUCCAUCGGCGUCCUUUUCCUCGUCCGACUCUCACGAUAUGUGGGGUCAACCUUUUGAGCCGGCAAGACACUCAGUCUCGCUAAGCUCAUCGCCUUCUUUCCACCCGUCCUUUGGGCCACUUGUUCCUGAUGAGCCCCAACUUUCACAUCACUCUCAACAAUCUCACCAUUCGCAUGAGUCUUACCCAUCUCAUAACUCUUUGCAUUCCCAUUCGUUUCAUCAUUCUGACUCCCCCUACUCCCGGGGACAGUUCAACCCAGCCGAUUAUGUUAACGAUUUUCUUGGCUACAACCCAUUGGGCCCUGAAGACCAUUUCUCUCAGGAGAUGGAAAUGGAUGACGACCCCGACCCGGAGAUGCAAAUAGGAACCCCGGGCCACCCAAUCAGCAUAUCAAGUGGAUCCCCAUUUCAGGGAUCACCUUACCGUGGGCCCGACUCGUUCCAGGAGAAAAUGGAUACAUAUGACUGGUUCUUUACCCCAUCUUACCAUAGCUCUCCAGCCCAACCACCUUUGGAAGAACCUCAACUCCAAGCUGUCUCACCACCACCACUCCUGGUAGAGGAGCCACCGCAGCAGCCACCACAGCCACCUCCCGAGCCUCCGAGGCGAAGGAGGAACGCACGCAUGUCCGUAAGAGGAGGACCCCGUUUCAGUUCUCCUCAUGGUUGGAGUUCCUAUCCCCCUAUUCCAGAGGACCCCUAG